GCUGUCAUAACUACAUGUCAAUAAAGUAGAAAGCGGACGAAAACAAUUUUACUGCAACAUUUGGAGUCGUAUUCAAUAUGGCGUUACGGAGUGAAUAACUGACUACACAAUGCACCAAGGCGACGCGUAUCAACCUUCGAGGGACUUGAAUCUUUCGUCAACUUGAAAUGUCUGACCUCUUAAACAUGGAUGAAGAAAUGAAUUCACAGAGGAGCGUGACUGGUGACAGCCAGGAUGAAAGUCAGCUUCUCUGUCCAACCCCUGAGCAAGAUGGAGAUAGUUUUUUAGGCAGAGACACCGACGACUCUGAGUCUGGGUUUUCCGGUAUGAGAAGUAGUCCGGCUCCGACGCAUUGUUCUAAUGGACAGAAAUCUAAAAGACCCACUUCCCCUGGGCCUCACCCUGUGAAAACAACCUGCGUUGCUGUACACUCCCACAAUCCCACCUGCUGCCUCAGUCCGAAGAAGGCCCCGGGUCCCUCCAACGACGUGGAGAUGCAAAGUCCAGACAGCCCUGGCGCUAAAAUGCCACUCGUCACCAACUCUGCAGACGGCCACGGAGAUGCCACCAAUGCCGGCGUGGAUGAGUGUGGCUUUGCAGACGCUCAGGGAGACAGAUCUGAUGCUGGAAGUUUGGCCAACAAGAGAGCGCCGCGUGUUUCCAUGGGAACUGGGGAUGCCAUCACCGCAGACUGUAGUGAAGCAUCAGAAAUGAGUCAGGACUUCAUGCAGUCCGCAUCUGAAGGCAGUGUUUCACCCCCGACACGUGAGAUGAGGAGAGCAUGGCUUGGAACGCCCAUAGAUGAGCUGAACAGGAUGCCCCAGUGUGCCCCACCUCUGUCUCACCUGAAAGCACUGCCGAACCACACUGUCACAGUCAGGACAGAUCUACUCAGGGAGGGAGACGUGCCCGUCCCCUACCCCGGCAAGUUCAAAGACGCGUGGGACGAUGUUUCUGUGAAGAUGCCUUGCUCGGAGAAGAAUCUGUUUCCAAUGGAGGCCGAGGACGGAGGUGGCGUCCAGAGUCGCUGGGAGUUGAUCCACUCUGCCUUGCAAGGAGGGUUCAAAAGUUCCCUGGAUGUGAGGGAUGCUAUAUUGAGGUACAACACGGCACACGCAAAGAAGUGGGACUUCACUGCACUCAACCUUCUUUGCACCGAGUGUCUGGAGCAUUGUGAGGUUCAACACCUGUACGAGGUGGUGCUGCCUUCCAUGGUCAAGCUGGCGCUCAGUGCUCCUCGCCUCUGCACCAUGCCAAUCCCGCUGCUGAAGUCACGGUUGAACCAUUCCCUGACCAUGUCUCAGGAGCAAAUUGCCUGUCUUCUGGCCAACGCCUUCUUCUGCACAUUCCCCAGACGCAACUCCCGCAAGUCAGAGUACUGCAACUAUCCUGAGAUCAACUUCUACAGGUUAUUUGAAGGCUCCUCAUCAAGAAAAAUCGAGAAAUUGAAAACACUGAUGUGCUACUUCAGGAGAGUUACACACACCAGGCCAAAGGGUCUUGUGACAUUCACAAGACAAACCUUGAACAAUCUGCCAACUUGGGAGAACUGCCAGUCUCAGCUAACACGCUUACAUAUCACCUGUGAAGGCACCAUUGAGGAUGACGGUUACGGGAUGCUGCAGGUGGACUUUGCAAACAGAUUUGUAGGCGGUGGCGUCACGGGAAACGGCCUGGUCCAAGAAGAGAUCCGGUUCAUCAUCAACCCCGAACUCAUCGUGUCCCGUCUCUUCACCGAAGCGCUUGAGCACAAUGAAUGCCUCAUCAUCACAGGUGCUGAACAGUACAGUAAAUAUUCAGGCUAUGCUGAGACCUACAAAUGGGACGAGAGCUACAAAGAUGAAACUCCCAGAGAUGACUGGCAAAGACGAUGCACCGAGAUCGUGGCCAUUGAUGCUCUGAAAUAUAAACACUUCAUGGAGCAAUUUCUCCCGGAAAAGAUGACCCGAGAGCUCAACAAGGCAUACUGUGGAUUCUUCCGAAAUAAUGCCAACAGAAAGCACCUCUCGGCCAUUGCCACUGGCAACUGGGGCUGUGGAGCUUUCGGUGGAGACACAAGACUCAAAGCGCUGAUUCAGCUGAUGGCUGCGGCAGAAGCUGACAGAGACGUGGCCUAUUUCACGUUUGGAGAUCCCCAGCUCAUGCGAGACGUUCACGACAUGCACGCUUUCCUGACUGAGAGACAAGUCACUGUGGGGAGGCUGUACAGUCUUUUGAACCAGUAUUCCCAUUUGGUUUGCAAGAACUGCCGCAAGACAAGACCUGACGUCACCCUCUACGCUUUCAUCUACCAGAGCUUCUCUUCCCCCGCCACCGCCGAUGCCUUGGACUCCGCUAAGGAUUCUGGGAUGUCCCCUGUAACAUCGGACUCUCAUUAAAAAAAAAAGGGGUGUGUACAGGAGGUUCCUCUUGGUCCUCCUAACUAAUAAGACUCUGAUUACAAUCACUCUUACACUCUCCCUAUAAGGGUGCCUUCAAAAAUGGUACGCUUGGUUCAGUUGAAGGGAACUGUUGAAGGGAACUGUAGCGGGCUUUGGGAUUCGUUCGGUGACCGACACCGUUUGAGGCGUGGGUCUCACUUGGCUUGCAGCAAAAAUGGCAUCUAAAUGACAAAUCUGUUAGAGAAAAGGUGUUGGAAGUGUAGUAUUUCUGCUUGUCACCCUUUAAAAGUACAUCUCGGAAGUACAGCAGUAUCGAAAUUUCAGUUAGGUCAUGUACUAGGUCACGAAGGCUGUCCAAUCAUGUCCUUAUGUUGUGCCAGGGGUGUCCAAAGUGCGGCUCGGGGGCCAUUUAAACGGCGCGGUACAUUCUGAAAGUAUAAUUCAACAAGAAAACAAAAAAAUCUGCAGUAAAUUUCCAAGAUUAAAAUUCAAAUAUGUGUCAGAAAAAGUUGGAAUCUCAUGAGAAAAUUCAUAAUUUUACAAGAAUAACGUCAUAUUAUGAGAAGUAAUGUCAUUUUGGGAAAUUAGGUUGGGGAAAAAGUCUUGAAGGGGACCAAUGAUGCUUUUUCCACUUUUCUGACCUAUAAAAGUAGUUGGAAUGUUGGAUUGGGAAUGUUGUAUUCUGGUGUUAAACCAUGCCAAAGUUUCCGAUCAUGAUGUUUGCACAUUUGGAAGUCAGCGCUGAAAGAAGUUUGGGAUGGCUCAAAACGCUCUGUUUCUGAAGGCGUUGUAAAACUGUUUCUUUGUGAUGUCACAGAGGGGCGGACUUCCUUAUAUGGUUUGUAGUUAGGAAGCACUUUGGGGCGUGGGACCAAUCACAGUGGAGUGGGCGUGUACAGAAGCGGGCCACCAUGGGUGGAAUAAAUGACAGCACAGCAGACCGUUUGGGCAGGAAGCACAAAUCAAAGGAAAUACAGCAGGAAUAGGUGCAGAUUCUGGAAGAUCUAGAAGUUAAAGUUGGAAUAUUAUGACAAACGACACAAAGUUGUAAUUUUCGGAAAGUAUGUUGGGGGCAAAAGUUAAUAAUAUUAAUAGUAAUUAAAAAAAAUAGUAAUAUUAUGGGUCAAAAGAAAAUGGACAAAUAUUAAAAAAUGGAAAAUAUCAAAGUAGCAAAGUUGCAUACUUUAAUUUCGUGUUGUUGCCCUCAAGGGGAAAAGUUUGGACACCCCUGCUUAGUCUGGACCAGAGAACUGAACUGCAAUUGUGAACAUGGCCUAGGUUUGUGAUCCCAGCACACAAACAACCAAAACACAGACUUGCCUUUUCUCGCAGAUAUCGCCUUCUACCAGUAUUACCAGUACAUUUAUAGCAAUAGUACAUCCUUUUUGCUGUCCAAAUGUGCUCCGCAAUGUUUCAUUUUGGCUCAUGAAAGGUUGAAGAAAACUCAAAAUGACGCAUAGUACCAACUCCACUCGGCUGGAACCCAAAACCACAUUGAACGCAUCACCCCGGCGAGACACAACAACAAACAAAAACAAUACAGGAGGAUAACACUGCCAAUAUAAGACUGCGUUAUCCAAGAGGAGACUGAGGAGCCACUUUUUUUUGGAAUUUGUCCCAUCCACAGUCUUUAUGUGAGACAUGAACACACGUCUUUCUCUUUUUUGUGCGUUCUAAAGAUAUAAAAACAGCUAAAAACAGGCAGCUAAGAAUACAUACAAUGGGACACGCCUAUUCCACCUGUAAAGCCUUUUGAAAAAAGCACCAAAAAGAGACUAGAAAGACGUGUGUUUUCAUGUCUCACACAAGGAUUGUGGAUGCAGACAAAAUCCCACUUUUCUUUGAUAUACACAAUGUAUAACAGGGUACCAUGUCAUUUCUAGCCAUGUAUACAAAGAAUAUACUAGUACAGUACAGUACAGUGGAACAUCGGCUUACAUUGUUAAAAAAUGUCCAGUUAAACCAAAAAGUAUGAUAACGGUGAUUUGUUCCCAUAAGAGGAAAUGUAAACCCCAAAAAACUCCCAAAAAAUUAUCAGAAAAAAAAAAUUAUUAUAAUUUUACCUACAGAAAUAAUUGAAAUAAUUACAAAUGCCAUAUUUUAUGGAUCAAAAGACUCAUGUUACACAAUAAUAACGGGCUGACAUAAUGGAAUUAUGACAUCACACCAAUUCAUCCCAUAACAUUAGAAAUAGCUCAGGUAACCGAUAAUUUCAAGAAAAAAGGCCUGAAGAUGCCGAAGCGUUUAAAAGUGCAAAAGCUUUGCCAGCAACCUCCAUGGCGUCACACCGGCUGCUUGAAGCAUGUGCCCGAAUAUAGUGCACUGUCCUGGGCCACGGCAGGUGUCUCCUCCCCCUCUAUACUCUGGUUCUCCUGAUAGUAGUGACGCGGUAGUAGUCAUGUCAUGGUAUUAGAUUGGGAGAAAUCAACAGGUACAUUUCCAGUCCUUAUUACCUCCAGGUGUACUAACUACAUUUAUUUCCAAAUAUUAAAAAAAGUACAUAUAAAGUAACCAUAUCAGUCUUAAAAAGCAGAAAGUUAUUAAUGUUUUGGGAAAAAAAUAGUGCAUCUCUAUAAAUGACAAUUUAACAUCACUUUUCCACUCAUGUUACGUAGUGCGCUUGAAUGCGUCACUAGCGCACAUUGUUUAUUAGAACGAAGAAAGAGUUAUUCAUUGUUCUGUGUGUGUACUACGAACAGAAAAUAACACAUGACUAAAAGAGUCUAUGGCUGGGAUCUGUCUGUAGUAUCCCAACCACUUCUCAUCAAUGUGUGGAUGCUGUGUAACACAUAACACAGGUUCCAGAUGCCAAGUGGAAUAGCGAGUACGUACCGUCCAGUGGAAACAGGGUGUCUAAAUACUUCCCAUGCGUGGUAACCGACUUAUUUUCACUGUUGCUAAUCCAGGCCUUGAUGACGAUGACCCCUAUUUUACCAGUAUUGUAUUAUUGUAUUAUAUUGUAUAUUGCUAUGUAUCUGCUGAAAGAAGCGGCAAGUGACUGAGACGCUAGCCUAUGCAUGGGUAACAUACAAUAUCUUAUAGAAUUAUUGAACGCAUACAGUAUAUAUGCCGAUGCCGCUCUUCUGUACCCCUAAAUGUGUCUUUUUCCUCCCAAUGCUGUCAAAAGCAGAGUAGAGUGAAAAAAAAUAUGUAAAAACAACGUAUUAUUUUAAUAUUUUACUCUGCUUUUGAAAAAAAAAAAAAACGACUGGAAUUGACGUGUAUAGGCACUAUUUAACGAUGCUAUGGUUACAUAGGUAACACCUGUACAUGUAUCACGUAGUACUGUAUCGCAGGUUUUUAGGUUGCGCUGUUUUUAUUAUCAUUUCUUAAUUAAAACAUAUUCCCCCUCAA